AUGGCUUCACUUGCCAAACUCUCUCUUUUCUUCGCCAUUUCAGCAUCAGCCCUCCUCAGUUCUGCUCUUGCUCGUGAUUUCUCCAUCGUCGGAUACACACCUGAGCAUUUGACAUCCACUGAUAACCUUCUAGAGCUCUUUGAGUCGUGGAUGUCAGAACACAGCAAGGCGUACAAUAGCGUGGAGGAGAAGGUACGCAGGUUCGAGGUCUUCAGAGAGAACCUGAUGCAUAUUGACCAGAGGAACAACGAGAUCAGCAGUUACUGGCUCGGUUUGAACGAGUUUGCGGAUUUGACUCAUGAAGAGUUCAAGAGAAGAUAUCUCGGACUUGCAAAGCCUCAAUUCUCUAGAAAGAGAGAGGCUUCUGCUAACUUCAGGUACAGAGACGUCACUGACUUGCCUAAAUCCGUCGACUGGAGGAAGAAAGGCGCUGUGGCUCCCGUCAAGAACCAGGGCUCAUGUGGUAGCUGCUGGGCGUUUUCGACAGUUGCAGCUGUUGAAGGGAUCCACCAGAUCACAACAGGGAAUCUGAGUUCGCUUUCAGAGCAAGAACUCAUAGACUGUGACACAACUUAUAACAGUGGCUGCAAUGGAGGUCUCAUGGACUAUGCAUUCCAGUACAUAAUUUCCACUGGUGGUCUCCAUAAAGAAGACGAUUACCCUUAUCUCAUGCAGGAAGGAGUUUGCCAAGAACAGAAAGAGGAUGUAGAACUUGUGACAAUCAGUGGUUACGAAGAUGUCCCAGAAAACAAUGACGAAAGCCUGGUGAAGGCUUUAGCUCACCAACCUGUCAGUGUGGCUAUUGAUGCUUCAGGAAGAGACUUUCAGUUCUACAAAGGGGGAGUGUUUAAUGGGAAGUGUGGAACAGACCUAGACCAUGGUGUAGCUGCGGUUGGGUAUGGUUCAUCAAAAGGAUCAGACUAUGUUAUUGUCAAGAACUCAUGGGGACCAAGAUGGGGAGAGAAAGGGUUUAUUAGGAUGAAGAGAAACACCGGUAAACCGGAGGGACUCUGCGGUAUCAACAAGAUGGCUUCAUACCCUACCAAGUCCAACUAA